AUGAUGAUCAAUUCACCACCAUUACAUUCAAAUUCUAAUAAACGUCUACGAUUUUCAAUACCACGUAAUAAAAAUAAUGAUUUAUUAAUAAAUUCAACAACAGAAAAAUUUGAAGAUAUUAAUAAUAAUAAUAAUAAUCAUCAUUAUCAACAAGAAAAAAAUUCUAUUGAUUGUAAUAAUAUAAUGAAACAAGAAAUUUUAGUAUCAAAUACUAAUACUAAUAAUAAUAAUAAUGAAAAUGAUACAACUUUAUUGACAACAACAACAACAACGACAACUGUUGAAUUUAAAGUUAAAACAACAAAAACAUCAUCACGUAAACGUAAAUCAAAUGUUAUUAAUGAUAUAAAUAAUGACAAUAUUAAUAAAGAACAACUAGUUUCAAAGAAAAAGAAAAAACAACGUAUGACUAAACUAAAGGAUGAAUUAAAUAAUAAUAAAAAAACAUUAAAUUUAAAAACAAAUGAUCAAUCAUCAUCAACAGAUGAAACUUCAUUUGGUUCAUGUGAACCAGGUACAAAUGUUGUUUUACAAGGUAUUGUUUGGAAUGAAACUGAUAAAGGUGUACUUGUCGUUAAUAUUACUUGGCGUGGUAAAACUUAUGUUGGUGCAUUAUUAAAUACAACUGAACAAAAUUGGGCACCACCACGAUAUAAAUCAGAUAUACGUUCAACAAUAAAACAAAAUCAUAAUCGUGAUCAUCAAUUAAAUUCAACAUAUGAAACAACUGAACGUAUUUUACGUAAUGGUAAACGUCGAUGUUCAACAACAACAACAACAGUAAUACCAAAUUCAACAACAAAAAUAAAUUCAUUUAAAAUGCCUGAAAUACCACCAACAAAAAUCGAUGAUAAUAGAAAAAUAAUUGAAAAAUUUAUUAUACCAUCAUCAUCAUCAUCAUUAAAUACUAAUCAUAAUGAUGAUGAUGAAAUAAAUGAAGAAAAAACUCUUAUAAAAAAUUUAACUAUUAAUAUUGAUGAAGAUUUAGGUGAUAAUUAUUCAAGUCAUAGUAUAAGUCCUUUAACAAGUGGUACAAGUACAACAUCAUCAAGUCCAUUAUUAUCAAAUAAUAUUGAAAAUCAUACAACAAUACCAAUUGAUUUAUCAAAUUCAAAAUUAAUAAUGAAUAUUGAAGAAAAUAAAACAAAUACAAUUAUUCAACAAACAUCAAAUGAUAAAUUAAUACCAUAUCAUUUUACUAAUGAUAUGUUAUAUUCAACAAAUUCAUUUAAUUUAGGAUCAUUUAAUAAAUUAUCUUCAACAUCACAUACUAUUCCUACACAAGUUUAUUUAAAUACAUCAAAUUAUUCUUCAUUAUCAAAAUCAUUACAUUAA